GCCCGGCCGCGGUUUGUCCCUGCCGCCCCGCCGUAGCGCGCCGCCCCGCGGGCAGUGAUGGGAAGUGUAGGCGGAAGAGGGCGCUGAGAGAGCGGCGGGAGGGAGUUUUGAGGGGUCCCCGGGAUGGAGCCCCCCCCUCAGCCCAGUGCCAUGGAUGCCCUGCACGAGGCCGGGAUCCGCGCCGCCGUGGCCCUGCAGGCCGGCCCGCCCUGGCUGGAGCAGUUCUGGCUCUUCCUGAGCUCCCAGCUGGAUCCCAACUCCAUCUACACCGUGUGCUUCCCGCUGGCCCGCGGCCUGGACGAGCACGUGUCCCUCAUGGUCCUCUGGAUCGCCCUGGCGGCCGAGUGGCUCAACGUGGUGCUCAAGUGGUUCCUGUUCGGGGAGCGCCCGUACUGGUGGAUGCACGAGUCGGGGCUGUCGGAGCGGGAGCAGCUCCCGCUGCGCCAGUUCCCCAUCACCUGCGAGACCGGACCAGGGAGCCCCUCGGGCCACUGCAUGAUCCUGGGGGCGGCCCUGUGGCCGAUCGUCACCGCCCUGAGCAAGGCAGCGUCCAGGUACAGCCGCAGCCGGCUGCUGAGGCUGAUCCCGUUCCUGCUCUACGUCCUCCUGCUGGUGGCCAUGGGGCUCUCCCGGGUCUUCGUCCUGGCCCACUUCCCCCAUCAGGUGAUCUCCGGCUCCCUGGCAGGGAUGGCCCUGGGCUGGGGGCUGCAGCGCCGGCCCCCCAACUUCCUCAGGGUCCGCUUCUUCCUGCUGACGGCGCUGGGGCUGCUCCUGAGCGCGCUGGCGCUGCACGGGCUGGGCACGGCCGCGGGGCUGGACCUGGACUGGUCCCUCCGCCGGGCCAGCGCCCGGUGCUCGGAGCCCGCCUGGCUGCGGCCGGAGACGCGGCCCUGGGCCUCGCUGUGCCGGGUGAGCGGCAGCGCCCUGGGGCUGGCGCUGGCCGCCCGGCACCCGCCGAGCCGCCGGGAGCUGCAGGGGCUGGAGCCGCCGCUGGGCAGCGCCACGCUGGGGCUGCUGGCCCUGGACGUGCUGCACAAGCUGCCCAAGAGCGACGGCACCGCCCUGUGGUACCUGAACGUGGGGGCCCGCUACGCGCUGGGGCCCGUGCUGGUGGGCUCCCUGCUGCCCCAGCUCAUCCUCAGCGUCCGGCGGCUGCGGGCAAACCCCUAGACCCCCGCCCAGAAUGGUGGGGAUCUGCUGCUGGUUCAUCUCCACCUGUCCAGAGACCCCCAAAUUGAGUAGGGGGUGUCUGCUCUGUUGCCAGUUCAUUCUCACACUCCUUUUGCCACAGGGACCCCCAAACUGAGUAAGGGGUCUCCACUCCUGUCCUGGUUCAUCCUCAUCCUCCCUUUGCCCAGGACCCCCAAAUUGAGUGGGGGUCCUGCUGUGUUCCCAGUUCACUCUCACUCCUUCUCCCCAGGACCCCCAAAUUGAGGGGGGGGGUCCCUGCUCUGUUCCCAGUUCACUCACACUCCUUCCCCCCAGGACCCUCAAAUUGAGUGGGGGUCCCUGCUCUGUUCCCAGUUCACUCACACUCCUUCCCCCCAGGGACCCCCAAACUGAGGGGGGGUCCCUGCUCUGUCCCUCUCCCCCCCAGACCCAGCAGCUGUCCCGGUUCUCGCCCACCCUCAGCUGCCCCAGGGACCCCCCCUCACCCCGGGUAGGGGGUCCCUGUCCCCCGGGGCAGAGCCGGGGGUGCCCCGUGCCCGGCUGGGGACACAGCCCGGGGACACUGAGCUGCCACCGCUGUCCCCAGCUGUCCCGCAGCAGGGGUGGGCCCCCCCCGGCCCGCCGGGACCCCCCCUCACCCCGGUGCGUGCGGGGCUGCCCCGUUUGGAACCAAAUAAAGCUCCAGAACCGAGCCGGGCCCCGAGUGCUGGGGGGGACAGCGGGGACAGAGCCCCCCGAGCGCGGGGGCGACAAAGGGGACCCGCCCCGCUCCCUCCCUGCGCCUCUUGCGGUGCCUGGGGAAACUGAGGCACGGCGGGGAGAAAGGGCAGGAAAAGGGACACGGGGACAGGAAAAGGGACACGGGGACACCCCCAAAGGCAGCGGGCCCGGCGGGUAUUGCCAGAAACAGUUUAUUUAUACAAGGACGAACAUCGGUGACAUCUUUACAAAAUACCGAACCGAGACCCAGAGCGAGCGUGAGCGGGGACGGACGGGACCGGGGGACACGGGGACACACGGGGCGGGGGGACACCAGCCCAAAGCAAGCCGGGCACGCUGCCGGGGGGGCGGAGACCCUCCUCUCCCCUCCCCAAAUCCAGAGGCCUCUCCUGGGAUGGGGAUCCCCCACCACUCCCGGGGUGUCCCCAGCGUUGGGGACACGCACGGUCCUCCCCCCCAGGAGAGGUGACAAGGACAACCUCAGCCCUCUGUCCUAAUUUGGGACCACCCCAAAUUCCCCCCCCCCACCCCCGGAAUAAUUUAACCCGCGAGGUGCUUUCCCGGUUCCCCCCCCCUCCUCCCCCCCCAUUAAAAAAAUACUAUUAAAUAAUCCAUCUGUAAUAAAAUUAUAUCCCUUUUUUGGGGGGGGUUGGGUGGUUUUCUCUCUUUUAAAGCUAAAAUCGCUCUGAGGCCCCUCCGGCUGGUGACAAAACAGGAAAAUAAAGUGGUUUUUCCUCUAUUUUUUUUUUCUUUUCUCUCUUUUUUUUCCCCUUUCCUAGAAGGAUAAAUUUGAUCCCAACAAAGGCGCCGGGGUGACAAAGUGACAGGGGGGUGGGGGACAGGGCUCGUCCCUUUGUCUCACGUCCCCGUCCAAAACGGGGAGGCCGAAGGGAAAAAAAAAACCCAAGAAAAUUAAGAAAAACCCAAAAUGAAGGGAAAUUAAGGCAUUAAAAAAAAAAAA